AUGGAGGGAUUUGAGUAUGAUUCCUUUGAUGUCUUUGAUCCACCAAGCACUUUGCUGGCAGAAUCAUUAUCUACAAAAUGGGUGAGAGGUUUAGUGAAUCUUAAGGUAUUAAGGUUGAGCGGUCUUGAUCUAUACCAGGCUACAUCUCCACAAGAGAAAUUUGGUGAACAUAUACCGUAUCUUUCUAAUCUCAGGGAGCUCGAGCUUUCUUAUUGCAAUAUAUCUACUCCGGUUUUCCCCAUUCACGAGUUUUACAAUCUUUCUCGUUUAUCAUCUUUUAAAAUGAAUCACAAUUUUGGACUUCAUUUUCCAUUCCCAGUUGAGCUGGCUAAUUUGACUUCACUUUCUAUUCUUGAGUUAUCUGGCUGUAAUCUCCAUGGUUCAGUCCCUUAUCUCGAUGGAUCACUACAUUCAUCGUUCUAUGAUCUUUCCGAACUACAAUAUCUUGACCUAUCUGAUAAUUCAGUUACAGGAACUAUACCAAGUUGCUUAUCAAAGCUCCAAAAUCUUAGGCACUUUGCAGUUGCUGGAAACUCUAUUGAGGGCAAUGUUUCGUUUUUCUCCUUGAUGAAUGAAAACCUAUUAGCCCUUGAUAUGAGUUUAACAGGAACCAUCCCUUCUUGUCUUUUCAAACUCAAACAUCUUCUUAAGAUAUAUCUUCCUGAUAACAAACUUCAUGGUCCACUGCCUCUUCCACCUAAAGGUAUAACAGAGUUUGAUCUAUCAAGUAACAAGUUCAGCGGUGAAAUCUCGUCAAAAUUAGGAAGAAGACUCUUUAAUGCUCACUCCGUCAGUCUAGCUGGUAAUCAACUUUCAGGUUCAAUUCCGUUUAUUAUAUGUUCAACACAACCAAGAUUUACAUCUACCCACUAUAUUGAUCUAUCCAACAACAAACUAUCUGGGACGAUACCUUCUAAUAUAGGGUAUUGUGGAAAUAUGCGUGGUCUACAACUUGGAAACAACAAUCUCACCGGAAAUGUUCCAGAUGGGCUUAAAUUAGCCAAGUACAUCAGCUUUCUCCAGUUAAAGCUGGACGCCGACGCCCUUAUGUAUGACAAUACCCAAUCUAUGAAAAAAGAAAUUACAUUUCUUUGCCCUGACAUCAAACCUAGACAAGUGAUUAUGCAGCCUCUUCAAAAGGUCCACAAAAUCCUCCCCAGUUCCCCGAAAGUCGUGAAAGCCAAAGUGCCAAAGCCUAAACCUUGA